AUGCAUUUAUUAUACCUGGUUAUCGUCAUCAAUGUUCUUUUUGUGCUCAUUAUUCAUACUCAUUUUAGAAACAUAGUCAACAAGGUCACAAAUGAUGAUAAAAAAGAUCAGACCCAACAGUGCUUACAAAAUCUUCAAAAAAGGAUCACUAAUAAGCUGGACUGUCUUAGAGGGCCUGACAACAAGCUAGACUACAAGCAACUAGAAUCAGAAACUAAAAGUACAGAGGAAUUGCUGAGCACUAUAAACAGUCAGUUGUUGCAAGUUGAAAAUGAACUAGAGGAAGAGAAGAGUUUGCUAAAAGCUGAUGAAGAGCAAGAGAAGCAGUAUGAUAACAAUAGUUAUGACCAGAACAUACAGGGCAUUAUUCCUGCAACAUCACUCAACCUCACAAAACUAAGCAAAGAAUCACUUGACAGACCCAUACCAAAGAUUCCCAAUGAUCUUGGCAAGGCUGCAAAAAAGCUACAAAGUGCAUUAGCCACAAAGAAACAAGAACUGGAACAAGCUGGCUUCACCAGAUGGGUUGCUUCUUUGUCUCAAGUGAUAUCACAAGUAAACUCAUCUUAAACUUACAUGAGCAUAAAUUAUGAAUUAUUAUUGAGAUGUAGUACUAUUUUUCUGUCAAAAUUGCCUUGAAUCUUUAAUUU